AUGUUAUAUUAUCAAAUUUAUCUAUCUAUCUAUCUAUCUAUCUAUCUAUCUAUCUAUCUAUCUAUCACACUCUGUUUAUAUCUCAGUCUACUCAUAUCCUGCCAUUUAUCUAGCUGUCUAUCCAUCCUUUCAUCUAUCUAUCUAUCUAUCUAUCAUCUAUCUAUCUAUCUAUCUAUCUAUCUAUCUACCAAACUUUCCGUAAUCUGUCUGUCUGUCUGUCUCUCUCUCUCUCUCUCUCUCUCUCUAUCUAUCUAUCUAUCUAUCUAUCUAUCUAUCUAUGUUCAUAUCUAUCUCAGUCUUUUCUAUCUCCCUUUGUUCAUAUCUAUCUAUCUGUAUUAUUCCGUAUCUAUCUAUCUAUCUAUCUAUCUAUCUAUCUAUCUAUCUAUCUAUCUAUCUGUUUUAACUCACUUUGUUCAUAUCUAUCUAUCUAUCUAUAUUAGUUCGUAUCUAUCUAUCUAUCUAUCUAUCUAUCUUCAUAUCUAUCUAUCUUUCGUAUCUAUCUAUCUAUCUAUCUAUCUAUCUUCAUAUCUAUCUAUCUGUUUUAACUCACUUUGUUCAUAUCUAUCUAUCUAUAUUAGUUCGUAUCUAUCUAUCUAUCUAUCUAUCUCAGUCUGUUCUAUCUAUCUCACUUUGUUUAUUAUCUAUCUAUCUAUCUAUCUAUCUAUCUAUCUAUCUAUCUAUCUAUCUAUCUAUCUAUCUCAGUCUGUUCACAUCUAUUCAUCUAGCUAUCUAUUAAACUUUCCGUAG